GGACAAAGGACCUUUCAUGUGCCGCGGAGAAAACCAUUUGGGCCAUGUCUAUGCACUGAUUGUGCUUGUCGUAAACCCUGUUCUUUCUCCUGUUAUUACUACCGCACCACCUUCUGUCGUCACGGUAACAAAGACCAGUGACAAGGUUAGACUGCAGUGUGCUGCCCGGGGAUCCCCCGUGCCCAGUCUGGAGUGGAGUAAGGAUGGAAUGGUGGUUUCUACCAACACAACCACAAAGACUGCUGAUGAAGUCAAGGGAGAGCUUAUUAUUCCAAGCUUCAGUCCCUCUGAUCAGGGCGUGUACAAGUGUUUCUUUAGAAACUACGAGAACGGCACGGCAGAGAUUGCCACCACUGCAGAACUUGUGGGAUGUGGAGACCCUGGUGUUCCUGUGCACGGUUACAAGAUUGGAAAGAAUUACUGGGGAGGAGAGAUGGUUAUCUUCGCUUGUGACGCAGGAUACCACUUGGAAGGACCUACAAACAGACUGUGCUUGGAAAAUGGCAACUGGAGCAAUGUUGUGCCAACAUGCCAUCGUAUCUGCGAUGAUCCUGCUCCCCUUGAGAACGGUUACAGGAUAGGAAAUGAAUUGUGGGAAGGCAAAAAUGUCACGUACAGGUGCAACAAAGGCUACUGGCUUCGAGGACCAUUUGUCAGAGUUUGUAAUGAAAUUGGAAACUGGACCGAGGAUGAACCAACAUGUGAAGGACCCGAUUUUGAGCCAUCAGAAAUCCUCCUUAACAAAACUGAAUAUUGGGAGCUUCUCAAAGGUUGGCUGGGUUCUGUGUCCACACUGCCCUCCAAGUGGAAACUGUGUUACAGAGCUACUGAUCAUGGCUGGAGUUCCAGUACGUUUCACUCGCAGUGUAAUGGCUUGGGACCCACGGUGACGUUUAUUAGAGUGGGAGAGUAUAUAUUUGGAGGAUACACUGAUCGAGACUGGCAUUCUGGCGGUUCUUACACAGACUCAACCGACAGCUUCAUAUUCUCAUUUAAAAAUUAUUAUGGACUGGAACCAUUCAAGCUUCACGUUAAAGACUCCGACAACGCCAUAUAUGGAAACAGCGGCUAUGGUCCAACAUUCGGCGGCGGACACGAUAUUUACAUCGCCAAUUCUGCAGGCUCCAACACGAAUUCUUACAGCAACUUGGGCCAUACGUACGUCCAGCUAGCGGGCUACAGGUAUCAGUCGAGUGAUACAAGAAGCGUGCUUGCAGGAAGUUAUAACUUCCAGCCUCAUGAAGUAGAAGUAUUUUAUCAGACUCACAAGAACUGAUAUCACUUGGACCUACUUGGCCUGUAAUUAGACUUCCCUGAAAUAUGUUUCUGGUACAGCUAAACAUUUACAGUAACUAUUCAUUGGAUGCUGACAUAAAAAAGCUUUUUAAGGAAAGAGUCGUCAAAUCAGUAAGCGUGGAAAAGCCACUCGUCAUUAAGGUGUACGAAGUGACCAUUUUAGUAUGUUUCUGUGGACAAGUGAAUGCUCCAUUGUUAAAAUAAAGUUGUCCUUUUGACUCUUGGUAAUUUCCCUGUUUUAUAAAGUGUAUAACAACGUAGUUGAUUUUUUAAAAGAAUUUUGGCGAGGUGACACAUGUAAGUGCUGAAACGAAAUACAUAAGCUUGCUGAAAUCAGUGUAAUCAGAGUCUUGUUGUAAUUUUAGGGCAUUUGUGAGCACGACGCGGCCAAGACAUGAUGACGGACAUGAUUUAUUGACCGAAGCUCUAAACCAUUUGCUAGUUGUUGGUUGAAAAUGUGGUCGUGUAUCAUUUAAAGGGACACUAUCACAGCCAUGUUUCUGCUGGAUUUCGUUCCAAAGUAAUUAAAAUAUGACUAAGGACUUUUUAUAGUACCACGAAAUGCCCCUACAACACCAAGAUGGAAAUAUUGAACUGUUGAAGGAAGGGCUAAAUACAAGAAUCUUUUUUAGUGAUUACAUAAAGACAUGAGGGCAGAAUUUGAAAAAGUAAGCCAACAGGUUCAAUACAACCAUUGAUUACAUUGUUCAUUAGACCACUCCUUUUAUAGUUUCAGUGCACAUAUGUAGUACUUUGUUACAAAACUAGACAUUUAUUUUAAGGUUGCUAUCAAUGAAAAUAAACCCACGACAGUGUCCCUUAAGGACGUUCGCGCCAA